CCGAUGCAACAAUUCCCUCAUGUGCCCUUCAAGGGAAGAUUCACACCCAACACAAGUUCUAAAAAGCUUGUAUUAAUUACAGCAGCUUACAUGUGUUUACAUGCCGGAGGUGUGAAAAUGGCAACUGGUGUGAAGUUCAGUGUUUAUGGUGUUGGCAGCAUCUUACUCCAAAUUCAUAUUACAAAAACAGACGUGUUGCUUGGUUGCAGUGACACACACACUGUGUGGUAUUGCACAUAGUUAUCCUCGAAUGGCACAGGAGAUCAAAACAACUGUUUCUGAUUGGUUAGCCCAGUGGUGCAGAAAGUAGCCCAUUCAGAUAUAUUACAGCUGUAAAGGUGACAAAACUGUAAACCUCAAAUAAAAAUAAUGCAUUCAAAAUGUAACUGUAGGGUUUACUUUAGUCAAAAUACAUUGUUCUGCUUGUUCACUUGGACCGUUUAACGUUUGCCGUGCAGAAUGAUUUAAGUGUAGAGUUGAAACCAGAAGGCUGUUUUCAGCUUGAAGGAACGUUUCUCUGUUUUUAAAAGGAGCAUCUAUGAGCAGCAAGUGGUGACACAGCGACGCGUUUAGAACCCAACCGUAGUCCAGACAUCUAUACACACAUCAUCUGUACACAUGACAUACAUCCAUCUGUCCAUCUGGGGAGAGGGAUCGUCCUCUGUUGCUCUCCUGAAGGUUUCUUCCCUUUUUUGGGGAGUUUUUCGUGAUCACAUGUGAGGUCCUGGGACAGGGAUGUCGUAUGUGCACAGAUUGUAAAGCCGUCCGAGGCAAAUUUGUAAUUUUGGGCAAUAGAAUAUAAUCUGAAUUGGGGAAAAAAUGAAUUAUAUAAUAUUUAACACGUAUACUGAGCUCAUUGGUUGACGUGGAGCUCUGUGGUAAUGUGACGAUGCGGCCACCAGGCGGCGGCAGAGUGCUUGUCACGCUGUGUGACUCGACAGACUUAAACUGUGGUCCCAGGGUAAAACAAGAACAUACAAAGAGGGGUCUGCCUGCUUCUCAUUACAUGUAAAUUACACCAUAAAUAUUCCAAUCAUUGUGGCUACAAAUUUAAAUAAACAAUGCGUCCUCUUGUCUUCGUCCAGCAGCAGUUUUUUAUGUAGUUCUGUUGUUGAUUUCUAUUGUUUUGCGCACAUUAGAUCAUUGAAUAUAUGGUUUCCUGAAAAAUAAUGCAUCAAUAAUAAUAAUAAUAAUAAGAACCACAUAAACUCAUGUAAUUUUUUCUAUUUUUUUCGUAUUGACCUCUUGUAAUGUCACCAGAGAAAGUUCGUUAUCUGCGCAGGAGCAAAGACGGUCACCGCAUUUUCUAACAGCCUUUUCGUUUAUUUGAUAUAUUUAAGCAUUUUAUUUAUAGCACAUAAUUGGCUGCUUGUGGCCUCAUAAUUCUGGGAGCUCCCAGAUUAUUUUGUUCUGUGAAUGGAUGAUUCUGAAGAUGAUUGGCCAAACCCUGCGUCGCUCAGUUGGACUGCAGACUUCUGAUGACGUUUAUUUAACUUCCAUGGUACAUUUUUAUUCAUUAAGACCAUAUGGGUAUCAUUAAUAUUUUUAUUUAAAAUUUAAUUGGAAAUCAUAGUCCGGCCUCUAGUUAUAUGCAGUUGAAUUGUCCGAUGAUGUGUCGCUCAAGAAACAAAAAAUCGGGAAAACUGUCCGUUUGCAAUUAAUAUCCAUAAACAUUGGAAAUAGGAAUUACAUUUUGUGUGUGGAGAAUCUGAAUACAGGCAUGGUCCCCUUUGUUAUAUGUCCUUACUUAAAACUAUAUUGUUUGAAAAUACUUUAUUUUAUGACAGGUGUCCGGGCUGCAGAUCGGACAGGUGAGAUGAUUUUCUUAAAACAAGAUAUGUAAGCUAUACUCAAGACACUUUGAUCUCGUCAUUGGGUUUAGCUAAAGUAUUUGGGAGAUCAGAUAACAACAGACAUUUUAGGCCUUAAAAAGCUUCAGUGGCUUUUUGAAAGCAGAUUCUUUUGGUCAGCCCGAGGCCAUGUGGCUUUGGGGGUGGAAUUACCUCAUCUAAGUUUAGUCUUAUUUUCACCCUUUCUUACACUUUACCUUCUAUGACAUUGUUUAUAUUUUUACUCAACUAUAGCAGAUGAUUAUUACAUUACCAAUACGUGCAUAUUGGUUAUAAAUAGGUCUAAUCAUGGUAGGACGUGCCUAUUUGAUAAAAAAUAAAAAAUAAAUAAAAUAAAAUAAAAGUUGAAUACAUUUGUGCACCCCUUUUCUCAUAUUCGUUAAUAUGAAUGCGCACGCAGUUUUCUACAAAACAUCAUUUAAAUGCGUGUUUCAUUGAGGGACUAUCGACGGAUUGUUUUGAUUUAUCCCACUCAGGUGUAUUACACUGGCGCCGCGCAUGCGCACUGCACGACUGUCAGGUGAAGUCGGCGCCGUGAACCUCUCACGGUUUCACUCAUUCGCUGCCUCUCAGUGGGAUUGCUGUGACUCGAGCCUUGCAGAUGUCGGUGCUGGAGAGGAUAGACUGGAGGGAAAGGCACGACGGCAACAGCAAUGGCAACCCCCGGCUGCCCCACCUGCCAGCGGUCAGUCAGCACCUCUACAGCCCGUCUCCCUCCCUCUCACACUCGGCCAGUUCGGACUUCCAGCCCCCGUACUUCCCGCCUCCCUACCAGCCCAUCUCCUACCCGCAGUCCGGUGACCCCUACUCCCACCUCGGGGACCCUUUCAACAUCAACUCCAUACACCAGUCGCAGUCGUCGAACCAGCAGCACUGGCCGGGGCGGCAGGCCCAGGAGGGGCUCGGAGGGCACGGGAGGAGCGGACUGGCGAGUCAGAUCCUGGGCCUGGACGGCUCGUCCGGGGUGAGGAGGGAAGGCUUCCGCCGGCCAGAGCUGCUGUCUCCGCACGUGCACAGCAUAGAGUCGUCGGUUAUCGGUGACAGCAUGGGGAUGCACGACAUGGGGCACGGACUGGAGGAAGUUCAACAUGUAGAUGACCACAGUGAUAUUAUGGCAGACCAGACAGUCAUCAAAAAAGUAUUAGGACUACGAGGUGGCAGGAACCUUGAUCGCUUACAGAGGACUUAUUAUCAGGGGGGAAUUCUUGCGGGGCCUAUCACUCUCCCCAAAGGCAACGUGCUGGGUCUUCCUUUCCAGAAAGAGUCCCUGCUGGGCAUGGUGUCAAACCCCACAGAGGUGUUCUGCUCCGUGCCGGGCCGCCUGUCCUUGCUGAGCUCCACUUCCAAGUACAAGGUUACCGUGGCCGAGGUCCAGAGACGCCUGUCACCCCCCGAGUGCCUCAAUGCAUCGCUACUGGGAGGCGUUUUACGCAGAGCCAAGUCGAAAAAUGGAGGUCGCUCUCUGAGAGAAAAGCUGGAUAAGAUCGGGCUCAACCUGCCUGCGGGAAGAAGGAAGGCCGCCAAUGUCACACUACUUACCUCACUCGUGGAAGGUGAAGCGGUUCAUUUAGCGAGAGACUUCGGUUACGUGUGUGAGACGGAGUUUCCUGCAAAGGCAAUCGCUGAAUACCUCGGCAGGCCGCACGUGGAACGCAACGAGGUCAACUCUCGCAAGAACAUGCUCCUCGCUGCCAAGCAAAUCUGCAAGGAGUUCACCGACCUGCUGACUCAGGACCGUUCGCCUCUGGGAAACUCUCGGCCGGCCCCCAUCAUGGAGCCUGGAAUCCAAGGCUGCCUGACCCACUUCAGCCUCAUCACUCAUGGCUUUGGCUCUCCCGCCAUCUGCGCCGCCAUGACCUCGCUUCAGAACUACCUGAACGAGGCGCUCAAACAAGUGGACAAGAUGUACCUGAGCUCUGGCAGCGACACCCAGGGAUCCUCAGACAGUGGAAGCAAAUCUGCAGACAAAAUGGACAAGCACAGGAAAUGAGAGCUCAGAGGAGAAUCCUUAUGAACUUGAGAACCCCCGAUUCCCUUAAUCUUGGCGCCCUGUCUGCCCUUUUUGGAUAAAAAAAUAUAUAAAAAUCAAUAUUGAUUGAUAAGUAUUGUCAUUUUGAGAGCUGUGCGCAUGCGUGUAUGUGUGUCUGUGUGUGUGUGUGUGUCCCUGCACUGUUGAAUUUCCAUCCUGUAUUUUGAGAAGUGGAGGAUUUCUAAGAACUCAUCCAGUUGGCUACAAAUCAGCCCUGAUGACGAACGCCUCUGUGAACUGGUCCAAAUGGGAGCCCAGAUUGUGCGGGCAUUGAACGCACCAUAUCAUACUCACCACCACGCGGCUCCUUAUAGUUUGCCAAAUAUCGCGACGCUACGACUAUCGGACCGGCUCCCAUGUUGACAAGAGGAGGAAAAGAACAAAGUGCAUACUGUGUUUUUUCCCCAUCUAAAGGACAUCAUUUCAAGAUGAGUCGCUGUGGCUGUGAAUUCCUCUCACCCCGCCCCCCACCCCUCUUCUUCCCCUUACCCCCCUCCUGCUCCGUCUGCAGGCAAAUCCUCUGAUUUCCUGUGUCUCAAUGGACUUGCAAAAGGAAAAAUUUUAUAUGAGAAAGAGAGAGAAGAAAAUCCACUUCGUUUUCUUUCUUUUUUUUGCUUGAUUUGUACAACCACUUCAAAAUGGAUACAGUGUUAUUGUGCUUUAUUCAUGGAAGAUGAUUUGAAUCUUAUGUAGGCCCGAAAUGAGAAAGAGACGAUUUUGGGUUUUUCAGUCUGUGUUUGGUCACAAACCAGAGACUUCACAGCCUCUUCAGUGUUCAUGUGGAUUACAGACAGCAAUGCUUCCAUUGUUACUCUAUCUUUUCAACCUGGCAGCGUUCUUGUUGUGACCAUUCAGCAUUCUUAGUAUUUAAAAAAAAACAAGUUACCACCAAGCUACCAACCACUUCAGUCUUGCCAGAGUGUAUGUUUGUUGUGAGAAUGUGUGUAAAUGUAUAUAUUUCUUUCUUUAAAUUUUUUAAAUUAGACAUGAAAUUCCAAACAUAGAAUUUAAUCCAGUGUCUUGUCCUGGAUGUAAAUAUUUUCUAAUUUAUGUUGUAAUUUAAUGGGCUUGUGUAAAUAAUGGUAUCAUUCUGGUGUAUGGUUUCACUUUUUAUGAUAAUGUGUUUAACUUUUAUAAAUGGGUUAGUUUUUUAUCGAGUAGAGGUUAGGAAGUGGGCAUGAUAUACUUUUUUUUGAAAAUAUGUAAAAAAACAAAACUGUUUUAAAGUUUCAGGAAAAAAAUAAAAAAUAAAAUGAAAGGCUCAAGGCUGA